GUUCGCUAACCGCAGGUUCCCGAGCAACGUAAAUUUCUGAACAGUAGUACCACCAAUCACAAGUCAUCUACAGAUAAAAAAAUUUCAAAAAAAUUAGCUCAUUUUUACUCAGAUUCAUCAUAGAAAGGAAUUAAACUGAUAAAUCAGUGAUGAUAUGAAGUGGGCAUUACAGAUUGAAAUUCUCCUUUUGUACGUUGUAACUUGCCAAGAAGAUGGAAUACAGGUGACAAGUAACAAUAUCAAGAAAUUUUUAUCUCAAACGGAAUGGGAAUUACUCGUUGGACCUGAUCCAGCAUCGGGAUUUGAAAUAAUUUAUCCGGUACUUACAUCAGACGAUGACAAAACCAUAUUCAUUAAUGGUCUCGGACGAAGUUGGCUAUCGGAAUUAAUUCCUAGGAAUUCAAUCGUCUCCACGGAAUUCACGUUACUCAGAAGGAGCGAGAAUGGAACUGAAGACGUCACUGAUCAGCACAGGGAUGAAUUUGAUUGCCUUUAUUACGGAGAUGAAAUCGCUGUGUCCAUUUGUGAUGGCAUUAGAGGCGUUAUGUCUGGAGAGGGCUCGGAAUAUUUUACGAUACAUCCGUUACCAAAAAGAUUACAAACUGAGGAUUCGAAACGACGAGCACACGUGAUAUCUAGACGAAUACUUGUAGGCUACGAUGAUUCUGGGCCUAAGAAAAGACGGAAGAAAACCCUGAGCGUUUAUAAUCCAGAAUCGAAAAUCGAUUACUCAGCGACAAAUUCGAAGAAAUAUUCUAAACGGGAUGGUACACUCAGUAAUAACGUGAAUGAUAUUGACACUUCUAUAAAAGUAACAGAGAAAAUAUUGACUGCUAGGAAUGUAGAGUUGAAUAAAAACUCUACUCGGUUGGAGAAUGAUGCUUUUUUAGAAUCGAAGAGACGAAAAAGACGAGGGACGAACAAUGGUCCAGUUUUUGUUGAAACCGCAGUUUUCGUUGACAGAGAUCUUUACCAUCACAUGGCGAGAAAUUAUCCAAAAAAUACCGAGAGGGAACUCGUUCGAUUUGUAUUGGCUAUGAUAAAUGCGGUACAACUACUCUACCACGACCCAUCUCUGGGACAAAUAAUAAAUUUUGUUUUAAAACGAUUAGAAAUACUCCACGCCGAGCCACCAGGACUCAACAGACCUCAUGAUAUCGAUAAAUAUUUAAGUAGUUUUUGCCAAUGGCAAGGGAGAGAAAAUCCUGGUACAGAUAAGGAUACCAGACAUUGGGAUCACGCUCUAAUGUUAACCGGACUAGAUUUGUACGUCGUUAAUAAACGGGGAAAAGUCAGUUCUCAAGUCGUCGGAUUGGCUCCGGUCGCCGGAAUGUGUACAAAAACGAGCAGCUGCACCGUAAACGAAGGGAGACAUUUCGAGAGCGUUUACGUAGUCGCGCAUGAAAUUGGACACAACCUAGGAAUGAGACACGACGGUUCGACUUCCGACAAUCAAUGCGAUCCCACGAGUUACAUAAUGAGUCCGACUCUAGGGUCGGGCAAAAUCACUUGGUCUCCUUGCAGUCGUAAUUAUUUGCAGCGUUUUUUACAGACCAGUCAAUCCAGAUGUCUUCUGGACCAUGGGAGUAGCGGAGGUCAAUUGGAUCACAGCGCGGAAGGUGCUCUACCUGGCGAAAGAUUUGAUUCAAAUCAACAAUGCAUUUUAAAAUAUGGAUUCGGUAGUAGACAUUCUGAUCAACAACCUCUUGAUGAUAUCUGUAGAGACAUGCAUUGCGAACGCGAUAGGUAUACCUGGACAUCGCACCCCGCAUUGGAAGGAACAUCUUGCGGUAACAAUAGGUGGUGUCGCGGAGGGCGUUGCAUUGAUAAAAAUGGAUUCUCUCCUCACCUGGGUAGCACCAGUGGAGGUAGUAGCACGGAAAAACUUUCUGGAGGAAUUUGGGGCGCUUGGCACGUGUCGGAAUGUGCUUCUGGAUGUCUCUAUGACGAACAGAGAAAUUUAGACGGAGGAAGUACCGGAAUCAGGGUAGUAACUCGGAGUUGUAGCACUCAGAGCCAACAAAAUACCGAGGAAAAUUGUGUCGGGCCCAAAAAACGUUACGUGGCUUGCAAAGCCGCCCAAUGUUUAAAAGUUCCAUCGACAACUGUGAACGAAUUUGCAGAUCAAAUUUGUGCUAGAGCCAAAGAAGUUGACGUGGAAUUGACGGGUACCGGAUUACAAAGAGUUUCGUCUGAUCCUGAAGAAGCUUGCACCGUUUGGUGCCACAUGAAAAGCAGAGGAUCGAAGACUAGAGGGUGGACGUUUCCUGAUGGUACGGCAUGCCGGACCAGGAAACACCAGUUUCAUAAAACGUCUUAUUGCAUAGGAGGUCGUUGCGAGGAAUUUCUCUGUUCGGAUUACGAGAACGAUAAAUUUUUGGAUCUACCAGAAAAAUGCUAUUCGCUAAACACAAAUUUCAUUGAUAGAAACGACGAUAUCGAUCUACUUUCCAGAAACUUAAACAUCGAUAGACCCGAUAAUUGGAUUAGCGCGAGUGGAUGUCACUUCAAUUGUAUCGCACCAGGAAUCGGUAUAAGAUUAGUGAAUAGAUUCAAAAUGAAGAGCAACGAGACGAGUAUUCAACUGUGCGAUCCCGACUCGAAUAGUUGUGGGCGCCUCAGGAGUCCGUAUCAAUUCGCAACAUCGAUCUGCAACAAAUACAAAGAGAGAGUAAGACGUCUAUCUGGUUUGGGAAUGCAAAUUUCACCUUCGAUUGAGGAUCCAGACAGGCCGUGCCGCGUCGCUUGCCAGGACGAUACCGUCUCCCACAGAUUUUAUUUGGUCAAUGGAGAGAACGGUUGGUUUCCUUUUGGAACUGCCUGCAGCAAGGGAAAUGAAAAGUCAUUCUGCGUGACAGGAAAAUGUUUGGAAUUUGGAAAAGAUGAUACACCUUUGCACGAAAGUGUGUUCGCAUUACCUUUGUUAUCGCGAUUGAAGCGUGAUUUAUCGAUUAGGCAUAAAAGAAAUUUGGAAUACGAUAAAAGAAUGAUAUUAUCACAACUGAAUCAAAGGGAUCUGGACAGCAUUAUUACCCAGCUUAAUUUAUCUGGUAAAAUAAAUUACGAUCAAAUAAAUCGCGGUGCAAAUUUUCAAAUAGAUUUAAGCAACCCUAUUCACAUCCCUCUUGAUCAGUUUGAUUUUACGAUUCAUAACUAUUCGUGAUUUUGAUAAAAAUUUUAUACAUCUACAGUCUGUAAUUAUUAAUUUUGAAAAUAAAAGAAUAAAUAAAAGAAAGAUACUAUACCAA